GUGAAGUGUAGUGCAAUAUAUGCUGGACACCAAGGACUUGCUGUCUUAUUCACUGGCCCCGUCAGUUGUAGUUGCGUCCGCUGUGACUUGGUAAUCAACAGGUGGCGUUCAGGUGACACAUUCUGCCUAUCUGCUCCACGUCACUAAGAUGAAACAGUGGCUGAUCAGUGGUCAUGAAGUAGUGACCAUGGACGACGAGUGGUUGGAGAGGAUAAGGAAGCAUCAAAGUAUGCAGUACAAACACGGAGUGGUCCGGCUCAUGCCCGAGGGCUGGCUCUACCCUGCCACCUCUGCUAUAUUCCUUGAUAAGCUGCAAACAUUUGAGUUUCGCUCAGAGGACGUGCUAGUGGUGACUUUCCCCAAGUGUGGCACAACGUGGAUGCAGGAGAUCCUGUGGACCAUGUUGCAUAAUCCCAACUUAGACAAUCCAGAGGCCAGCAAGGAGAUAUUGAUUCGCUCGCUUGAUAUCAGUUGUGAUAUGAUGCUAGACGGAAACUAUUGGGACGUCGUGAAACUGCGUUCAUUUGAAGACUUAUUCAACACACUGUGUCCUGGAAAGAAACUGGAGGACGGACUGAACAUCCAAUGCCUUGAGGCGACCCCUGGAAGACGUGUCAUCAAGAGUCAUUUUCCAUUACAGCUUAUGAGAAAAGACCUUCUUGAGAAAACAAAGGUUGUUUACGUGGCAAGAAAUCCAAAGGAUGCGAUUGUAUCCUACUAUCACUUCAUGCGUGUGGUUCAACUGUUCAAUUACACUGGGUCCUUCGAAGAAUUUACCAAAAACUUCAUGAACUCUGAACACGUGUACAUGCCCUACUGGCCACAUAUGAAAGCAGCGUGGGACCUCAGACAUCACCCGAACAUGCACUUUGUCUUUUUCGAAGAUAUGAAAAGUGACAUCAUGGCUGAACUAAAGAAAUUGAAUGAAUUUACACAAGCAAACUUAAGUCUCAAGCAACUUGAAAGCGUUGCAGACUAUACCACAUUUUCGAAAAUGAAAGCCAGAGGAGAGCCUAUUCAGGAUCCCAUGUAUGACAAGGAUCUUCUGGAUAAGUAUGGGGCUUACUUUAGAAAAGGGUCGACUGGGGACUGGAAGAAACACUUCACGCCGGAGCUGCUGCAAGAGGUCGACCAGUGGAUUGAGAAGAAUGUUGAAGAGACUGGCAUAUGCUUCAAGUAAAUCAUAUUUUUUUCUAUUUAAGAGGGAAGACCGGCCAGGGACAACAGAAAUUGUGAUUAAAAAGAAAAAAGGUCCACUGAUGCGCCGAUCCCCCAAACAAGUUUAAUAGAAAAAUUUCAACUACAAGAAUACUCCAUAGAUAAGAUAGGAGUCUUUUUUUCAAUAUGUAUAUAUAUUUUUUUCAACUUAAAAGUUUGCAUGAAUGUUGUGGUCAAUGUUAUGUUACCACGAAGAGGGCACAAGAGUAGCAGUGUCGUUAGUUCAGGAACUCUCUCACACUGUCUUCUCAGGGGAGUUAACGAAAACACAGCUUGGGUUUUCCUUAUAUUAACAAUA